UUGCAAAGGAUAUAUCGCUAGCAAAUGUCCUGUGGCCACACGUGAAGGUGAAGCUCGAGAAAAUUUUAGUCUUCAGUGCGUGCUCCAACAAAUUGGCAAUGGCAAUGGCCCGGCGGCAAGACUACUUUAAUAAAUACACAAAUUUUCACAAAAAUCACAUCAAAUUGUUUGCUGUUUACAUGAAAACGGCAAAUCUAAUGCAAAACUUUAACGUGCUCAAGCGUUCGCUUUAAGCAGCAGGAGGUGGAGGAGGACGGGCGCUGCCGUCGCCUGCACCCACCCACCAAUACCAAUUGACAGUAUCAGUUAAUGGGCGAAGUGUGUGCGUGUGCUAAAGUUUGUUAGUGUUAUUUCAAUUACAUCAAUUAUUAUGCGAUUGGCGGCGUGCGAGCAAUAAGCCAAACUAGUGUUUUAACCCCUUAACCAAGUGAACAAUACAAAUAUGACUACACAAAUUUAUGAAAAUUAAACAACAAACAAAAAUAAUGACGGCUUAACGAUAGGCGUGUCUGCUUAAAAGUCGCUGUUGCUGCACAAUUUAAUCAGACGGAGAAAACACUCGCCAAAUUGAGCUCAACUAGGCGGCAAGAAACGGUAUAGCAAAGAACAACAGAAACACACCCACAACCACACCCACACACGCACACA